AUGACUACCAUAUCUCCAUUUACAAUUGCCGUUCCCGACGCCCAAAUCGAUCAGCUCCACAAGAAGCUCGAACAAGCUACUUUCCCGGAUGAAUUCGACGAUGCCGGUUGGGACAUGGGGGUUCCCCUCGCGGAGAUGAAGCGCCUAGUUACUGUCUGGCGGGAGAAAUUCGACUGGCGAGCCCAGGAGAAGAAGUUGAAUGAGCAGCUCCACCAGUAUACGAUGCCGAUCUCAGUGGACGGGAUUGGGCAACUCGAUAUCCACGUUAUCCAUCAUCGAAGUGGAAAUUCAAAUGCGAUUCCACUGCUUUUUAUUCACGGAUGGCCCGGAAGCUUCCUUGAAGCAACCAAGUUGAUUCCGCUGCUCAUGAAAGAAGAUGAAGGACCGGCAUUUGAUAUUGUUGCGCCCUCGUUGCCUAACUUUGGCUUUUCACAAGGUGUAUUGAAGAAAGGAUUUGGUCUAGCCCAAUACGCGGAAACUCUUCACAAAGUGAUGCUAGCACUGAACUACGAUGAAUAUGUUAUCCAAGGAGGUGAUUGGGGCAGCAUGAUUGCCCGCGCUAUGGCACAAUUAUACGCCAAACACAUUCAAGCCAUACACUUGAACUUCAUCCCGGUUGUUCCACCAUACCCAUGGCGAAGCCCCCUUCGCUUCCUCCAGUCUCUCGCUAGUGUUCCCUUCUCAGCCAAAGACAGAGCAUACAUUGCUCGCACCAUGGACUAUAUGAACCGAGGCAACGCCUACAUGAAGCAGCAGGGAAGUAGACCCGAAACUCUAGGGUACGGGUUGCAGGACAGUCCUGUCGCACUACUCGCUUGGAUCUACGACAAGCUCCACAGCUGGUCGGACGAGUAUCAAUGGAGUGACGACGAGAUUUUGACUUGGGUGAGCAUCUACUACUUCUCACGGGCGGGUCCGGCAGCUUCAAUCAGGAUUUACUACGAGGCUUCCGCGAAGAAACCCGAGAGCAUGAGCUCUGCUGGGAAGCAGGACGAUCUCGUGAAGAACUGGAUAACCCUUGAUGAGGUCUUGGCCGCUCAUGCUCCGCCGAAUGUGCGAUUUGCCGUGGCUCAGUUCAAAGAGGAACUUAUUAUGUGGCCCAUGGCUUGGUACCAUGCUAUUGGAAAUGUGGUGAAGGAGAAGGAGUUUGACCGUGGUGGUCAUUUUGCAGCAUGGGAGGUACCUGAAUUGCUCGCAGGAGACCUGAAAGACUUCUUUGGAAGAGAUGGAGCAGCUUACGAAGCCGUUCAGGGGAAGGAUGGCUAUUGA